UUUUAAAUUCGCGCAGUUUCCGUCAGGUCGCUGUCGAGAUCCGAGCACGCUCCGUUUAACUGUGCACUCCUGUCCGUAUUGCCGAUGAUAAUACUUUCGGCGCAUCCGAUAUCGCUGGUCAUUCUCCUAGGCCUGGUUCCGGUCGCCGGCUCGGAAAUCGUCACCUUAUCCAGCUGGGUGAAUCCGACCGCGCCGUCUCGGAUCAUCGCUCAGCCCACCCACUCCAGCCGGCCACUUCAGGUCGUUCGUGCCCGGCCUGCCGCCGCAAUAGCAGCAGCAACCAUACCUUCGUCACGUCUCUCCGCCCGUCCCCACCCCCAGUAUCCUAUAGCCGAUCAGGCACGUCAAGGCCUGAGGCCUGUAGAUGUCGGUGUUGGCGCGAUGCGGAAGACACGUUCGUUUAGCUCUCCGACCCCACGCCCCGCGCUCCGGUAGUCGAGAUGGGGAGGAUAAGUGGGCUGUUUGGCGGGCGCCGGCGGCGCCAUCGAGUCGGGGUGGAUCAGUGGGGAGCAGUCGAACUGGUCCGGUAGUGUACCUGCAGCGGUGUUUUCGACCCUGCCGUACGAGUGCCUGGGCCUCAUCGUGUUGAGGAGGAGAGACACAAAACCACCUACCUACCUACCUCUCAACGUAGUAUACUGCUGCUGAGGCGUAGGCCCCAACGGCAGUAGCCACGUGAUCGGCUGGCAGGCGGAUGGAAUCGUGCUUCUUCCUUACCUCUGGCGCACGUGACUGGUCAGGUGACCCUGAUCAGCCCCGAUACGUCUCGCGGUAGUGCCCAAAUCCAGUCGUGUAAGUAAGGUAGGAAAACGCUGGCGGCGUAAUCAAUUGAAUUG